AUUGUUUAAGUGUGAGAUGGGUCGGUGCGCCGCCGGCCGCGUCACUUUUUCCCUCGAGACGUACUCGGGCAGUGCUUAGCGGCGCGGAGCGAGGUGAUUAUGUCAGUGGCGAGGCGCGCGGCCCGCCAGUGACGCCGGCGACAUGAACGCCCGCAGCAUCUCCUUCGAAAUGUCCAUGGAGGGCCGGCAGGUGGACGAGGUGGUGGCCAGCAUCUUCCACACGGUGCUCUUCCACCGGUCCAGCGGCAAGUUCACCUACAAUAACGAGGAGAGCUACUCGAUCCGCACCGUCAGUUACAUCGACGUGGACUGUGAUUUCAUAGACUUCACGUACGUGUGCUGCGAGUCGGAUGCGCUCGGACGCUGCGUCAAGAAGGAGAUCUCCGAGUUCUCUGAUAUGCUGCGCACCGCGAGCUCGUGUCCGCCGCGAGGCUCCAUCAGCCUAGAGUUCUUCCAGAAGCGACGCGCGCGUUGGCCCUUCCAGCCCGAGUGCGUGCCCUGGGAAGUGUGGACGGUGUGCUGCGAGCUCACAGAGGCGCGCAACGACCACGAUAUGCACUCGCGUCACGAGAGCGUCGUCGAGAUGUUGCAAGAUAAAAUCGUGCACAUAACCGAGAUCAUCAACCGACACGAGUACGUGCCGAAGAUGCCGAGCCGCUCCGAUGCCGACCUCAUAUUUGAUACAUCGUACGCGGAUAUCCAGCCUUACCUUUUCAAGAUCCAAUACAAUCUGUCAGGCGCGCCGCCCACCUCCGUAGGGAAUACUGUGCGUAAACUCAUCCGAGACACUCUGUCCUUGUGACUACUUGCAUCUCCAUGUUUUUUCAUAGAGUUGUGGUUGACCUAUGAGUUGUGUAACAUCGUAUCUCCCAAGUCGAUAUUAACCAUUAGUACCGUAUACUUCGCAGUUUUAUUUUGCUCGUAUAUAAUUAUAGCGCAUUCGUAAAGUUCGAUGGAGUAGUCAUAUAUAUUAAAGUAACGGUAUAACAUGUAAUGUGCAAUCGUUAAUAAAGUGUGGCAAUUAUGUAAAUAAUAGAUUAUAAUUAGUCCUAUGUUGUUUUUCUGACUAUAUAUUUUUAUUAACGUGAAAUGUGUGAAUUAUUUAGUAUUUGAUAUCUUAGUAAUAUUGUACUUAUUUAGCACAAAAUUAUGUAUAUGUAUGUAGACUGAGAGAAAUAGGUCCGAUCAUAACUAGUCUAUACUUUAACUCAUUAUUUUCUAAUAAUUCGUGUUAUUUGUCUAUUGAUUGAUGUAUUUAUUUGGUGAUAUUCGUUUUCUUGUAGCGUUAGCUGUAAUAUUAUUUGAGAGCGUUGGCUCCGGAAGCUGGUUGAUGUGUCCACUCAUUAUAUCAUUUAAGAUUUAAUUUGUCUUAUCUAUGUUAAGUUAGUGUUUUUAAUAUUUGACAGGCAACAGUUAUUAAUUUUUAAUCUGUCGUAGUUAUAGAUCAGAUAUAAUUUAUGUACACUAUAUUAGAGUUUUCUGCCAUUUUUGCGUGUCUAGAUUUAUUAUGACAAACUGCACGGAGCAGGGAUUUUAAUUAUUUAAAUCAAUUCAGUUGAGUUGGCAUGUAAAGCGCAAGUGUCGCAUCGUUCUUGGCGUGCCAAGUCAAAACUAUUAUUUCGUUUUUGUCUAAUAUGUCUUAUGAAUCUUCGUUUGUGAUAUAUCUAAUUCGAUGCCACAUUAAAAAAGUACACUGAAGUUUCACGUUUAAUUAUGACAUCAAUAAUAUAUAAUAAAAUGAUUUCUAACAGUAUAAUUAUAUAUUUAUGUAGAUGUAAAUAUUGUACAGUAUAUAGAUUUGUCUUUGUAGAUAAGGUUGACAUAUUAAGAGCUUUAUAAAAUUUAAUGUUUAAUUCAAAUUGAUAUAAAAGCGGUGAAGAAUAAAUGUGUUUUAUAAAUAGUGUUCAGAUAAAUAAUUUUAAAAGUAGAAAACGGUGCAUAGAAUUAGAGAUGAGUAUUUUUCUCGAUUUAUAAAUUAGUAUGUAGUUUAUUAACCUUUUUAUAUUAUUCGAUGUUGCUUUAACCGCAAAAGAAAUAAACGAAAGCAUACACGUUCCAGUCUUAUGUUUAGAUUUUCCAAGUACAAUUCUUAUGGUCUCUUGAAUAUUAUUUGUAUGAUAAAAGUCCAUCCAUAAUUGAUGUUCUGAUUUACUUUCCUACCUCAUUUUGUGACUGUAGAAUUAGUUGUAUGAUUCAUCUCGAUAGGGAAUGAUUUUCCUCAAUUUCCUAGUUAUAUUUGUCAGCGUUUUAUUCACCAAAGAAGAGGCUGUACGUAUGCAACUGCGGGAACAUUCAAAUUUAUAAAGCUAUACUAAAUAUCUUAACUAUUUUAAAUAAGUUAUAUGAUAGGCCCUUAUUAAGAAAUAUGCGUAUGAAAUAUAUAUAGAAAACGCUCUUGACUUACAGAGGUACGCAGAUUUAAGUUUCACCAAAUUAUGUGUACCGAUAUUUUGCAAUUUUUAAUUGAAUUUAUAUGAGACAAAUAUCUUAAUAUUUAGAUCCUUCGAACCAUAGUAUCAUAAACAACUAUUGGAUUAUGAAAUCAAGAUAUGGGCUGGAUUCCCUGUGCAUCGUAUCACCCAAGUAGUGUUAGAAAAUUGUUUUAUCUAUCUAUUCGUAUCUCAUUUAGUGUUUCACUGUUGGUUUCUGUCACCAAAAUCUCUGUAUUGUAUCUUUGAUAUCACAAUGAUAAUGAUAUAUAUAAACGGAUAUUUUAUUAGAAUUUAGAAACCCACGGUUAGUCUUUAAUAGUUAAGGGCCUAUUAUAUAAAAAACUUUUGAAUAAAUUCGUCUUUUUCAUAUCAGUGAGUACCUUAAUGUGAUGACGCGUCGCCUGUAGUCUGGCGAAUCGGGUGAUAGGACAAUAUAUGUUAAUUCUAUCUUAAUACCUGUAUCGUGCCUCGUUAUAAGUUUUAAAGUUAUUUUAUAUCGAGCACAAUGUAAAAUAUUAUAUAUUAAUUGCACUAUAUAUUGCCUUAUUUGAAAAGAUUUUGAUAUAUGUGUCUGAUAAUGGCUGUUUUAUAAUAGAGUUUAUGAGUGUAACGGGAGAUAUAUGUUGUGAUGUAUAAGUUCAAAAAAAAUGCAAAAAAUCUUAGUCUUGUGAU